AUGCAGUUCAAGACCGUCCUUGUCGCCCUCGUCGCCGCUGUGGCCUCUGCCCAGGACAUCAGCAAGAUCCCCAUCUGCGCUAUCAGCUGCUUCCUUAACAACACCAGCGGCACCGGAUGCAGCAGCGUCUUUGACUUCAAGUGCCUGUGCGGCAACGCCCCCUACUUUGGCCGCGUCCAGGCAUGCGCCACCACCGCCUGCAGCGCUGCCGACCAGGCCAAGACCCUCGCCUGGGCCAAGGGCACUUGCAGCUCGGUCGGCGUUCCCCUCCCCGAGUAA